ACUUGUGUUACACCAAAAUAUCCGGACGGAGUGAAACGGGAUUGUAAAAAACUAUGAAGUUUACAGCGCUACUGGUGACCGUUUUGGUCAUAGGAGUCGUGUAUAGCGCACCGACCGACCAAGAAGAUGUGUCAGGAGCGAGAGAAAAUGAAGCAGCUCAAGAACGGAUCUUCGAUUUCAGCAGGAAAUCCAGACAACUCUUCGGAUCAGCAUUAGGGUACACUCCGUACAGCGGUGCAGUAAAUCAGGGUGUCGCUGGAUAUCCUUACUCGUACAGUAAUGUAGUAUCUGGAUAUUCGGGAGCUGGAGGCUAUCCGGGCUACUCCAGUUACGGCGGUAAUGGAUACACCAACGGAUUCGGCUCUGGUGCCAUUAAUGGGUACCCCAUUGGUAUGCCACAAAACACCAACGGAAUUGGUUUGAAUGGGCUGACAGGAAAUAGCGGAUUUGGAUACAGUGCCUUCAGCCCUCUGAAUGGUGUUUAUAAUCCAGCUUUAUUGAACGGUGCGCAGCCACUUUACAACGAUCCCUACAGUUCACUCGCUCCGAAUAGGUUUUUUCUUGGAACCCAAUUCAAUAGGCGACCUUAUUGAUGAAGAUAUAUAUUGAGAUGAAUGAUGAAUUUAACCGAUCUUUAUUGGCACACGAUAAAAUUUAUUCAAUUAUGAAA